AAAGAGCCAAAGACUGCUGAAACGCCACUGAGCUGGGGGGAAAGGCAAGGUCCCAUGGAACCCGUGAAUAACACAACCGCGACAGGCUGAGAGUUGCUUCUCCCCCUCCCGCCCAGACUCGAUCUCGUUCGGGUCUCGAGGUCUCUUAAUCGGUUUCCCCCCUCUCAAGUCGGGUCCAGUCUCGAGGGACUUCUUUACCCCAGAAUUUCCUUCCCCCAAGCUCCUCCCCGAUGCAUCCCAGGCAUUCGUCAUGAAGCCCACCAAGCAUUUCUGCUGCACAAUCUGCCAGCGGGGUUUCACACGCAUUGAUCAUCUGAAACGACAUCAUUUGCGUCACACCGGCUUGAAGCCGUAUUCCUGUAUCUUCUGCAGCGAAUCUUUUGCCCGAUGUGAUAAUCUGCGCGAUCACUAUGCCGACUGCGCUCAACGGGGCGAUCGGGGGAUUCCUGAGACUGGCCAACGAGGCCGGAGGCGACAUGCAUGCCAAUCUUGCACGUCGAUGAAACUCCGGUGCGAUGGACAAACCCCAUGUGGUUCUUGCGUCAAGAGGAAUCUUGAAUGUAACAAAGCGCGCAAGACUAGCAUAGGUAGUCCAGGGGCCAGUUCAGGUACGUUCGACUCGGCGUCGUGCGGAUUCGAACUCAUUUCUGUAGAUACGCCUUCCGCGAAGCAAGAAGACCAUGAGCGGCCUUCAGAACGAGGAUCUAUCAAAUUCCUCCUUAACGGAGGGACGGACAGUUUCACCGAGGAUUUUCUCCUCCCACCGCGCAGCGAUCGGACUCGCGGACUCGAGUAUCACCACCAGAAAGAAGAAGCCGAGAGCUCGAUGCUAGCAUUCAAAUCAGAAGGGGAACACACAGAGUUCGCACCAGCGUUCGUUGAUCUAGACUCUAAUAGUCUGUCAUUCUUCCAAGACACUUUUCUUGACUUCUUCAACGGACCUUUCGGGGAAACGCACAAACCAACUGGCGAUACAUACUCCGGGGGAAUGAUGGAUUACACGCCGAUCCCUACCUCUAAUCACGACCCUAAUCUGGCAUUCUCGGGCCAGCAACCCUUUGAGACUGAGAGGCCAUAUACAACGGCUAUGAUACAAGCCAUUCUGUCACGAGCCUGGUCGGUGCCCCUCGAUGCCAAAGUACACGAGGAGAUAUCGACAAACGUAACCUUUCUUUUAACGACUGGGCGCAUUCAGAAAUUCGCUGCUUUAUACUUCAAGUACUGGCACGCGAAUUGCCCAAUGAUCCAUGCGCCGACUUUCAACCCUGAAUAUGUUGCAUUGCCACUUCUUACGUCUGUAGUCUUCAUGGGCGCAAUGUACACGAAGGACGAGCGAGAGCGAUAUGCUGCGAAGAGACUCCUUGACCUCGCAGAGCUAUACGUCUUUUCCAGCGACAUUUUCUCUAGCGAGUAUGAAGUGGCCGCGACGAUUUGCGGUAACCGACAAGCCGAAGGCGAAGCCCACGGUUGGCUUCAGUUCCAGACCCUCCAGGCUGGAUUUCUGAUGGUGGUGGCUCAGUACUGGGCUGGGGGGCCGGUUUCGAGCAGUCGCGCCAUGGAGGUUCGAUUCAGCGAAGUCGUCAAGGUAUGA